AAACUAAAGUCAGUGGAAAUUAUUUCUCAUUUGAAAUUUAACAGACGACGUGCGCGGAAGGCAGAACAAUAGCGCGAAGAUCGGUGUGGUGUAAAAAUCGCUAUAACGUUUGAAGCAAAGCAAAAACGUAGAGUAGAACUGAAAAACGAAGCCUAAAGUCCAGAAGAAGUGCGUGUUCCAGUGCUCGAACAACAGUUCAAUUUCGAUUUCCAUUGCAUAUUCCAGUCGCGUGCGCAGUUCGAUUUAAGCUGCCGAUGCGUGCGGUUCUUUCACUGUCCUUUCUGCCUAUAUCGCUCUCGCUCUGUUCAUUCUCUCUCCACUUCGCUUUCGUUGUAUCCGUUCUGUUGCGCAUGCGCCAAAGUGAAAAGUGUUGAAAAGUGCGAGCGAUAAAAAGGAUUGGGUGGCAAUUGCCAUUUAUUUCCGUACGCAGAGAUAAGCGUAAAUUGCAGCCGUGGCGAAGGAAUUGGCUAAUUUAUUAACGUUGCAGGAGAACAGAGCCGAAAUGACACAACAACCACAAUGGGGCAUAAGCUUAUCAAAGUAUUUUAUAAUACCACAACGUGUGAUAUUGGCCAUCAUGGGCUUUUUGGCCAUUCUCAAUGCCUACACGAUGCGUGUCUGUCUCUCGCAGGCAAUCACCGUCUUGGUGGCCAAGAAGAACAUGACGGACGAUGUGGAGAACGAUCAUGCGAUCUGUGAACCCGAUGAUUUGGAUGAAGGCGGUGCGGCGAGCGGAGGAGACUACGUUUGGUCUGAGGAGUUGCAGGGAUUGAUUCUCUCCUCCUUCUACAUUGGUUACAUUGUCACCCACGUGCCCGGCGGUCUUCUGGCUGAAAAGUUUGGCGGUAAAUGGACUCUGGGUCUUGGCAUCCUCUCGACGGCAGUCUUCACCAUGCUUACACCAUUGGCCAUCGUAAAGGGUGGCUCCGAUUGGUUGAUCGUGACCCGUGUUCUAAUGGGUCUCGGCGAGGGUACCACAUUCCCCGCAUUGAGUGUACUUCUUGCUGCUUGGGUUCCGGCCAACGAACGUGGCAAACUGGGCGCUUUGGUUCUCGGUGGCGGCCAAGUGGGCACUAUUAUGGGUAAUCUACUAUCUGGCGUCUUCUUGGAAUCCUACGAUUGGUCAUUCGUCUUCUACUUCUUUGGUGGUCUCGGCGUUAUUUGGUUUGUCAUUUUUGUCUUCUUGUGCUUCAGCGAUCCCAACAGCCAUCCUUUCAUUAAGCCCAGUGAGCGCGAAUAUCUGGUUAAGGAGAUCGGUACGAUCGGUCGCAACGAGAAUCUACCACCCACUCCCUGGAAGGCGAUCCUUACCAAUCUGCCCAUGUUUGCCUUGGUCUCGGCCCAAAUUGGUCACGAUUGGGGCUUCUAUAUCAUGGUGACGGAUCUGCCCAAGUAUAUGUCCGAUGUGCUGCAGUUCUCGAUCAAGGCCAACGGACUCUACUCCUCCCUGCCCUACAUCAUGAUGUGGAUUGUGUCCGUUGGCAGUGGUUUUGUUGCCGAUUGGAUGAUUCGUCGUGGCAUCAUGAAUACGACAAACACACGUAAGCUGAUGACAGGAUUGGCGGCCUUUGGACCAGCUGUAUUCAUGGUGGGCGCUUCUUAUGCCGGCUGUGAUCGUGUCCUCGUCGUGGUGCUUUUCACCAUUUGCAUGGGUCUGAUGGGCGCCUAUUAUGCGGGCAUGAAGCUCAGUCCGCUGGACAUGAGUCCCAACUAUGCUGGCACAUUGAUGGCCAUCACGAAUGGCAUUGGUGCCAUCACUGGCGUUAUUACACCUUAUUUGGUUGGAGUCAUGACGCCAAAUGCCUCGUUACUCGAAUGGCGUACUGUCUUCUGGGUGGCCUUUGGCGUACUCUUCGUUACGGCGAUCAUCUAUUGCCUUUGGGCAUCCGGAGAGGUGCAACCCUUCAACAACGCCCCCAUCGAGCCCCGAACUGUUGAUUUCGAGGCUCACGAGCGCAAACCGGAAUUACAGUUGAAAGCGACCGAGCAUAGCUCCUAGAGAUGCAACAAACCAAAGUGCCAUAAAUGUUCAUAUCUUAGUUUAUACUAUAUCGUAAACUAUCGUAUGGUAGUACACUGUACGUAGUACUAUAUCACUAUUAAUAUGUUUGUAUAUGUGCACCUGUUGAAUUUGCUAUAGAGAAUUUUGUUAACGAAGCUCACGAAGACAUUUGUUAAUGUAUGUAAUGUAAUUUAUCCUUGCGAUCAUCAAAUUGCAAUUGCUAGUUUUAUAGUAUGCCGCUCCCCCCCGUUUGCCCCAGUGCGAUGUCUAACUAGGUAUACAUAUACAUUAAAAUAUAUAUAUAUAGAGUAAUCUAUAAGCUUCCAGCUGCAGAUUCCCCGUAACCGGCCUUCCACUAUACCCACGACAUCUAAGCGAAUUUACCUAUGUAUAUUGUCUGUGUGUGCCCGCCCUUCCCCCUGCUAUAUGCCCUCAUCUGCAGCAAUAUACUCUCUUAAUUAUUAUUUAGUAUUUAAUCGAAACGAAAUUCAAUUUAGACUUGUAAGAUUAAUUAAAAACAAAAGAAACACACACAUAUAGUAAAAGAAGAUUAUUAUGUACCUAAUUUGUAUUGCAAAAUGUAAAAAGGUUUAAAUUCAAUUUAAUUAUUUUAUGAGAAUUUUUUAAUUGUUGAUCAAUGUGUAAUGCAUGUGUUUUUAACACUACUGUUUAAAGUUUAAACAUAUCUGUUUUUAUAAUUUUAGUCAAAAUAAAGUGCAUAAACUAAUU